AGCUGCUAAAUACAACACUACCAGCGCCAGCGCCAGGCAGGGGCAACUCCCCUCCGCCGACCUGCCCAGUUUCACUCUGCCUCUUCUCUCCCCAGUGCCCGCCUCGCCCUGCUGCCGUGCCCUGGAGGAUGGCCCUGCGCCCAGCCCUUUGAAGAGCCAGCCCAGGACCCACGACUGCUCCGGGACCCAUGGCUGCGGCGAACAAGGGUGUGAAGGCGAAGGGUGGCGGGGUGCGCUUUGCCCCCAGCCACCCCCCGGAGGGAGCCCACAGCCACGUGCACUUCGACGAGAAGCUCCACGACUCGGUGGUUAUGGUCACCCAGGAGAAGGAUGGGAACUUCCUGGUCAAGGUGGGCUUCCUGAAGAUCCUGCACAAGUACGAGAUCACCUUCCUCCUGCCUCCGGUGCAGAGUCUGGGCAAGGACAUCUGCGCCGUCCCCGUUCCCAACCUGAACCUCCGAGUCAUCAGCAUCACGCCGGUAUCGGAAGGCUACAGUGUGAAGUGCGAGUACACGGCUCACAAGGAAGGAGUCCUUAAGGAGGAGAUGGUCCUCACCAGCGAGACCAGUGACAGCACCUGCGUGAAGGUGGUGGUCCAGGCCCGGGUCAUGGAUCGUCACCACGGCACGCCCAUGCUGCUGGAAGGCGUGCGGUGCAUCGGGGCCGAGCUGGAGUACGACUCGGAGCAGAGCGACUGGCACGGGUUCGACUAGCCGCGGCCAGACCCCCUCCCCGCCCCCCAACCCCCCGGUCCUUUUUCGUUUGGAAAUUUAAGCUUGCAUUGGGAACACAGACCCGGUGGGGACCAGCGGCAGGGCUCUGCCUGCGCGCGGCUGGUUGUCACCCAUGGAGCUUGUGCUGGGAGGUCUGGGCGCUGCGCUGGUCCCUCUGCACCCAACACACACCAGAGGCCGCUGGAAGGGGACUUUUAAAGGCCACGGGGGCUGGGGUCAGACCUCAGACUGGCAGGGGUUUCUUUUCAGCCUUAAAACUUCGCUCUCUGGGUGCCUGCCAUGUACAUGCCUCCUGUCUAUCAGCGUCUUAUCUUGUCACACAGGGUGGGUCGUUCAGUCCUCCUCUCCGGCCAUCUGUGUCACACGUGCCCGGCUUGGCAUACACGCAUGCUAGGUUUCCAUGGCUAUAUAUAUAUAUAUAUAUAUAUAUAUGUAAGAAAAGCAAAGCCUGUAGAGCAAAGGAGCCUCUUCUUGGACAACUCCAUGUCACAUGUGGCCUGCUUGGUACAUACAUGUGCCAGGUUUCUACAACUGCCAUUAUAUCUAUCUAUCUAGAUAUUGAUAUUUAUACAGCUAGCUAGCUAGCUAACUGCAUGUAUAACGAGAGAGAGAUAGAAAUAUAUAGAUCUAUAGAUAUAGCUAUAGAUCUAGAUAUAUCUAGAGAUAUCUAUCUAUCUAUAGGUAUAGAUAUAGCUAUAGAUCUAGAUAUAUCUAGAUAGACAUCUAUCUAUCAAUCAGUUAUAUUACUUCAAUCUACCACAUUACUUUUAUCUGUUUGUCUAUUGUAAUAGUUUGGUCUAUCACAUUACUGCCUUUUCUUUCUUUCUUAUUACUUCAGUCUAUCACAUUACUUUUAUCUAUCUAUCUAUCUAUCUAUCUAUCUAUCUAUCUAUCUAUCUAUCUAUCUAUCUAUCUAUCUAUCUAUCUAUCUAUCUAUCUAUCUCAUUACUUCUGUCUAUCACAUUACUUCUAUCUAUCUAUCUAUCUAUCUAUCUAUCUAUCUAUCUAUCUAUCUAUCUAUCUAUCUAUCUAUCUAUCUAUCUAUCUAUCUCAUUACUUCUGUCUAUCACAUUACUUCUAUCUAUCUAUCUAUCUAUCUAUCUAUCUAUCUAUCUAUCUAUCUAUCUAUCUAUCUAUCUCAUUACUUCUGUCUAUCACAUUACUUCUAUCUAUCUAUCUAUCUAUCUAUCUAUCUAUCUAUCUAUCUAUCUAUCUAUCUAUCUAUCUCAUUACUUCUGUCUAUCACAUUACUUCUAUCUAUCUAUCUAUCUAUCUAUCUAUCUAUCUAUCUAUCUAUCAUAUUACUUUGUUCUAUCGCAUAAUUUCUAUGUAUGCACGUACGAAUAUAUGUACAAAUACAGCUCUCUCUCUCUCUGUCUCUCUCUAUCAAUCUUAUUACUUCUAUCACAUUACUUCUAUCUAUCUAUCUAUCUAUCUAUCUAUCUAUCUAUCUAUCUAUCUAUCUAUUGAUAGACUUAGAUUUAUCUAUAUACCUCUGUAGAUAUGUAUAAUGGCAGCUGCAACAGUCUGACAUAUAUAUGUAAGAAAAGCAAAGCCUCUGGUAUCAUUAGUAUUUCCUUUCUGGCUGCCGUGCCCAGGGGGUGGGCUGUGGUAGAGCAAACCCAGCGGGUGGUCCCUGUAGCUGUGCGUGUGCUCGGAUGAAUCACUGGUGUUUGGUCGCAGAGGGCUUUCCCCCAGCUGGGUGUCUGCCGCCUCCAGGAAACACAGGAGCCAGGACUUGUUGCAAGCCAUACCGUGUCUUGACUAGGGACCGUUUAGGAGCAGUGCCUGUUCUCUCUCGUGCGCUCUUUCUGCUGCUGCUGCCAUUUCAUUUUGUUGUGUAUCAUUCUCCGUGAGCUCUCCCGCAGCCCGGCUGACGGCUCGGGGCUGGAUUCUGGUCCCGGCUGCACCCCUGCCCCGCUCGAGCUUUGGAUGAGCUGGCUCCAGACCGACUCCCUGCUCACUGCUGCAACCGAGACCAGAAACUGUCCCGCAAGGCUACGUUCCACGCCCCCAGACGCCGCCGGGCAGACCCCCUUGAAAACAGCAUGCAUCUCAGGGUGGGAUUUUGCUAGGAGGAUGAAGCCUAAGGGAAUUAGGCACUUGGUACCAGUGGGAGUCGGAUACCUGAUACCCUAGGAAUAACGGGUGUAAACUAGUUGAGAGGGGAAUUAGGUUAGAUAUUAGGAAGAAAUUUGUCACAGUAAGGGUGGCCAGGAUCUGGAAUGGGCUUCCAAGAGCGGUGGUGCUAUCACCUAGCUUGGAGGUCUUCAAGAGGAGGCUAGAUAGUCACCUGGCUGGGGUCAUCCGACCUCGGUCCUCUUUCCUGCCCGGACAGGGGGUCGGACACGAUGAUCCACUGUGGUCCCUUCCGACUCGACAAUCGAUGAAUCUAUGACUCCUCUAAAAAUCCCAACCUGACUUUUCUUUUUCUUAAAUGUCGUCUUGUGUUUUUGUGUUGGUUGUUUUUUGGUUUUUUUGGUUGUUGUUUGGGUUUUUUUUUUUUAAAGACACAUGGUACCAGGACCAGAGAAGCAGUUUGGUUUGGAAAGCAACAGGAAGAUUUAUGUGCCUCUAUAUAAGUGUGUGCGUGUGUGUGUGUGCGUAUGUGUGGGGUUUCUUUAAAAAAAAAAAAAAAAAGACAAAAAAUAAAAAUCUAUAAAGCAGAAGAAUAAACUUGGGUCAAAACAG